AUGAGGGAACAAUGGGCCCUGGUGGCCAAGAAGGCUCAUGGAAUCCUGGGGGGCAUCAAGGAGAGUGUGGGCAGGAGGGCAGGGAGGUUCUGCCCCUCUGGUUACAUCCAGAAGAUCAAGUCAGGAGAAGAAGAUUUUGAGUCUCUGGCUUCUCAGUUCAGUGAUUGCAGCUCAGCAAAAGCUGGAGGAGAUCUGGGAGCCUUUGGGAGAGGUCAGAUGCAGAAACCCUUUGAAGAUGCCUCCUUUGCUCUGAGGACUGGUGAGAUGAGUGGCCCAGUGUUCACAGACUCAGGGAUCCACAUCAUCCUACGCACGGAGUGA